AUGGCUUCUUUCAGCAGUGUGACUGAUCUGAAACCUUUCAAAUCAAUGUGGAAGAUCAGGGUAAGGAUCAUUCGUCUUUGGAAGCAGUUCUCCGCUGCAGGAGGUUUAACAAUUGAGAUGGUGGUGGUCGACGCUAACGGAGUGAAGAUUCAUGCAUCUGUGAUGAAGGAUUUGGUUACUAAAUUUGAUCCAUUUCUUUCGCAGGGUAGUUCUAAGAUAUUUAUCAACUUCUCAGUGGGACACUCAUAUGGUUCGUACCGAACUACUAAACACCCAUACAAGAUUUCAUUCCUUGAAACCACACGUGUAAGAAGUUGCGAGUCUCCUAUUGAGGUUUCCGGGUUUGAUCCUGCUACCUACCGUGAUAUACUUGAUGGGUCACUCAAUUCAGACUACUUGGUUGAUGUCAUUGGGCAAAUUGUUAAAGUAUCCCCAAUUGAAGUUGUCACCGUCAAUGGGAAAGACACAAACAAGAUUUCCUUGGAACUAAGAAAUUCUAAUGACGAACGUCUACAGACGGUUUUGUGGGGUGUUUUUCCAACGGAUAUUAUGGAAGCUAUCCAAAUGCGUAGGAACCAUGCUAUAAUCUGUGUCAUCAGAUUUGGGAAGAUAAAUGUUUGGAAAGAUGAGCACAGCAUAUCCAAUGCAUACAAUGUCUCGGAUGUCUCACUUAAUCCACCUAUGGUGGAAGUUGAUGAUUUUAUUGCAGUGUUACCGAAGGACGAAUUGGUUUUAGCAAUUGUCGAUCCUAAACCAUUGUCUGCUGUCUGUGGUGUUUCGCAAAAUGAUGAUUUUUUUGUCCACACACCAAGGAAAACCAUAUCUCAGUUUUCUGACGCUAGAAAUGUUGAGAAGUGUAUUGUGAUGUGCACCAUUGAAUCCAUUGAUUCUGAUAUGGGAUGGUAUUAUUUAAGUUGGAAAGUGUGUGCAAAGAAGGUUUUGAAUGUGCCUAAUGACUUUGAUGAAGAUGGGAAUGACGAUGAUCCCACAAUGUUCACAUACUAUUGUCCUAACUGCAAAGUUUCGAAUCCCAACCUUCUACCUAGGUACAAGCUGCAUUUGAUUGUUUUAGACAGUACUGGAAGUUCAAAAUUCGUCUUAUUCGACAAUCUGAUAGUCAGAACAUGGAAGGCUUCCAUUGGUUCUAAUCGACCCAGGACAUGUUUGGUUAUUGGAGAUGAACAUGGUACAACCAUCGAAGCAACUAUACCUUGGGAUGUUACAUUGCCGUGUGGAGUAAAUCUAAACGAAGGUGAUUGGUUUUAA